UGACACACACCCAAACACACGCUUCUCAGCAGGGCUUUGUAAUACUAUGUGCACUCCCUCGUGCGUUACUAUUAUAUCCAACAGGAAACAGAUUUGGUCACACUGGUUGAUGCCUCAACCAAAUUCACUAGCUCAAGAACAUUUCCAUCGUUUUUAGGCUUUGUUUUUCAUUUUUUACACUUACAUAAGAACUGUAAUUAUUUCCUGAUAUCUGGGAUACAUACGACCUGUCCGUUGUAGGUGGAUAGUAAAGAGUAAAACCCAUUUGGAUUGAAAUAUGGAGCAGCUAUUUUUUCUUCUCAUUCCCCUGUUUGCAUCUUCAUGCAUAAUUUCACCAGCGAUUUGCACAGAAAAUGGCCAAAACAUACCAACUACAGUACCUCCAAACACAAUGUCUAUGUCUCCAUUGUCUGGUGUUUCAAGCGCAGCCCAAACUGGGCCUUACAAUUUGUCAUCUCAAUAUAAGAAUGGCGUGCCCAGUCACACCUCAGAAAAUGUGAGCACAACCACAGCUCCUGUGUCUUCUAGCCACACAGGCAGUACUAAUGGAUUCAGCCUUACUUCGCACACCACAUCAGGGCAGUCCAUCAUCAGCAGCUCCACACUGACCACACUAAGAUCCUACGCUGACGCAAAUCUAAAUUCCACCUCAUCCCCAGCGGCCAAAAUAACAGGCAGUACUGAUGGAUCCGGCCUCUCUUCACAUAACAACACAUCAGUGGUUGUUACUCUGCCUCCAAAGACUUCAACGACUUCUAAUUCAAGCAUCAGCGUGUCAGAGGAGACGGCAUCCCCUUCACAGGCACCAGACAGCGGCCUCACUUUGCUCGCCUUUAGUGUGAUGAGUCUUAUACUCGUCUUAAUUAUUGUCAUGGUGGUUUUAGUGAUCACUAUCAACCUCAGGGGACGGUGUAGAAAUACUAAACAGCAUGAGGGUGUCAAAAGCUGUGAUCCUGUGGUGUCUGACAGCGACUUGACCAGUAACUGUGAGAAGGAGAGCAUCACUCUUGUCUCUGUGAGGACAAUAAACACAGAAAGCAAUACAGAUUCACCCCAGAUGUCUUCAGUUCGUAGCACUAUAGUGGAUAAUGAUGACCAAGAAUUUACCAGAGACCUGCUGGGCAUCAAAGACGGACUGUGAUUUGACUCAGUUCGUAGCACAGGUUUCGAAAGGCUGUAAUAUUUUUAUAAUAUUAAAAGAAUGUGAAUGAAUGUGCCUUUAGCUAAUGGCCAGUGUACAGAUCACACAUCAUGUUUAUGACAUACAUUUGUGCACACACUGCAUAUAAAAUAUCUCCUAUAUAUGCUCUCAUAUAUUAAACAUGACUUCCUUCAUUGAU